GAUUGGAAAGUCGAGUGCGAGAGUCAAGUGAAAUAUUAGGAGCUCUCGUUUUGUGGUGUUCAUCUUUUGGCUUUUGCUGCAAGGGGAAUCCUUCCUCGCCAGUGGAGACCGAGACAUAUAUUUGCCGCAGGAACUCAGCAUCGAGGAUCAGUGCAGUGAAUAUUGUUUUUCAGUUGUAAAGUUAUUCUUUGAUCAUUUUAUCCGGUUGAAAGUGGCAUCCGAGGCAAAUGGCGAUUUAAAAAACAAAAUAUACUUAUUGGAGACGCAGUUAAAAUAUAAAGACGAAGAAAUCAAGAUGAAAAACCAACAAAUUGCAGACAAAGACGAACAAAUCAAAGCAUUUAGGGUCAGGAUAAAACUUUUAAAAACAGAAACCAAUAAAAGCCGUGAUGAAUUGAUCUCCACGAAGGAAGAAAUCGGAAAAUGCCAUGCCAAAAUAAAGGAUCAGGAGGUGGAAAUCAAACACGGCCAAGACCAGCUGGCGAUCAAAGAGGGUUUGGUAAAAGCAUUCGAAUCCACAGUUCGCGAAAAAGAGUCACAAUUCAAAAAUCUAACCUCAGAAACAGAGCUGCUGAGAGGAAAAUAUGAAGCCAGCAGUUGCUUACCCUUUGUCAACUCCACCAAUGUCCACAGCAUAAGGUUGUUCGAUACAGACCCUUUCAUUGUGCAUUGUUAUUCCCAUGUUUCUGGAUCCGGUUGGACUCUCAUCCAGAGACGAGUGAACGCCAACGAGAACUUUAAUCGGAGCUGGGCAGACUACAAAAUGGGUUUCGGAAACCUCCGGGAGAACUUCUUUCUGGGACUGGAAAAAAUCCAUCGAAUGACCCUGCUCCAGCCUCACGAGCUGUACAUCCAACUCAAAGAUGUUAAUGGAAGCACCAGAUAUGCUCGCUACGACGAUUUCAAAAUAGGAAGUGAGGAGGAAGCCUACAAACUGAAAUCGCUGGGAAAAUAUUCAGGUACAGCCGGAGAUUCCUUAACUCAACGUCAACUGAACAUGAAGUUUUCCACUUUGGACCGGGAUAAUGACGCUAAAGAGGAAAGCAAUUGCGCGAAAAUGUUUGGAGGUGGUUGGUGGUUUUCUGCUUGUGCACAAAGUCAUCUCAAUGGAAACUAUCAUAAAGAUGGUACAAGUAAUGUGCAUGACGGCAUUUUUUGGGGUACUUGGAAAAAGUAUGAUUUCUCGAUCUCGCUUACAUUUUCUCAAAUGAUGAUAAGGCCAAAAACGCUAUAGAAUUUACUUAUAUUCUUAACUGAUCUAUUC